AUGAACAAGCUCAUCAUCGCCCUGGCCGUGGCCUCCACAGUCUCUGCUGCCCCUCUCUCCACCGUUGAUAAGUGCCAGGAUGACUAUAAGUCUUGCAUCGCCGCGGGAACUCCAGAGGUCGCUUGCUCAUGCACUCUAACUGCCUGCGCUGGCGAAGAUAGCGCUCGCAUCCGCGAGUGGUGCUCUUCUGCUACCGCAUCGCUUGUUGAGCCAACCAAGACUGAGAUUCCCGGAGGAUGCAACCCUGCCCAUCCCGGCUCAUGCCCUUCAUCGUACUUUACCAACAAGUACACUGCCCCAGCCGAGACAUUCACCUCCAUUCCCGGUAUUCCCGGCGGUUGCAACCCUGCGCACCCUGGUUCCUGCCCCUCUUCAUACUUUACCAAGACCUAUACCGCUCCGGCUCAGACCUUUACCUCUAUUUCUGGGAUCCCUGGAGGCUGCAACCCUGCUCACCCCGGAUCUUGCCCAUCAAGCUAUUUCACGUACCCCGUGGCCUCCAAGACUGCGGUGCAACCCGCUCCCGUCCCCGCUCCUACCGAAGACUGCUCUGAGGGCACCAAACCUGACGGUACCAGUUCUGAGGGUACUACUUAUCCGGAGCCCAAGCCUGUUGAAGGUGAGACUUGGACCAUCAAGGAUCUUACUCGCUACUGCGGCGAGGGCAAUGAAGGCUGUGAUUAUAACUUUGAGAUCGCCGGUGCCGACGGCAAGACUGAGAAGUGUACCAUUAUCCGUAUGCCCGGCAAAGACGCUGCUACCGAGAGCUGGUCUAACGAGCCUUGCACUGAUGGGUCUGAACUUACUGUCUCUUGGGGAUAUGUGACAGAACCUGCCCCUGCCUUUGCUGUUGUUUCCGUUGUCAAGGGUAAUGACAUCGCCUGGUUUGGUGUUCCCAACGUCAUCGGCCAGAAGGCCACUCCUACCAACCCCUUCGGGUCCGGAGAGUUUGGCGAUCUUGGUCCCGAGCAGGUUUACACUUACUAG